UCCGUCGUCAUGACGUCACUUCUGGACGUGAAUAUGCGGCUCGUUGCGGCGCUGGGAAACAGACGCUGAAACGACGGAAACUAAGUAGCCAGCGAAGCCCACCUCCAGCGAGCUCCCCGCGCGCUACCUCCGGCGGAACGGUGCACGCGGGUCGAUAAAAAGGAUCCCCCGCAGACUGCCAGCUCCCUGGGUGGUUAUCCCCCGAAGCGGCGGAGCGCCUGCUUCAAAGCAGCCAUCUUUUGUGAGAGAAUGUACGGGGCGCCGCGGUGGGCCUGCUCGGGCUCCGGCCCCGGCCCCGGCUCCGGCAGGAGCUUGUUGAUGCUCACAACUGCGCUGCUGCUGUCGGCCGCCGUGCUGCUCUCCGGGCUGCCGGGCUUCACCGAGGCGAAGGACUGCGACAAGCCGUGCAUGAACGGCCAGUGCAACACCGCCACGGGCAGCUGUGUGUGCUUCCCCGGCUGGGUUGGGGACCAAUGCCAGCACUGCGGAGGGCGAUUCAGGCUUACGGGACCGUCCGGUUACCUGACUGAUGGCCCAGGAAACUAUCAGUACAAGACCAAGUGCACCUGGCUUAUAGAGGGACAGCCGAACACCAUUCUCCGGUUACGGUUCAACCACUUCGCCACUGAGUGCAGCUGGGAUCACCUCUACGUAUACGACGGAGACUCCAUUUAUGCCCCGCUGCUCGCUGCUUUCAGUGGUUUGAUUGUUCCUGAGCGAUACGGGAAUGAGACGGUUCCAGAAGUGGUGUCUCAGUCCGGCUACGCCUUGCUGCACUUCUUCAGUGAUGCUGCCUACAACCUAACAGGCUUCAAUAUUUCAUACAGGGUGAACACGUGUCCAAACAACUGCUCGGGCCGAGGCGAGUGCCGAACGGGGAACUCCACCGCUUCGGUUUACUGCGAGUGUGAAGCCAACUGGAAGGGCGAAGCCUGCGACAUCCCAUACUGCCUGGACGACUGCGGCUAUCCGGAAAGAGGUCGCUGCCAGGAAAAGAGCUGCAUCUGCAAAGCUGGAUGGCAAGGUCCGGGCUGCUCGGUCUCGGUUCCUGCCAACUCCUCCUUUUGGAGCCGCGAGGAGUACCUGGAAAGCGGCCUGGCCAGGGCGUCCCACAAGGCUGUAGUAGAGCAGGGUAUCAUGUGGGUCAUCGGGGGCUAUGUCUUCAACACUUCUGACUACCACAUGGUCAAAGCGUAUAACCUGAGCAGAAAGACAUGGCUGACCCUCGACCCCUCCGUCAACACCGUCACCCCACGAUACGGCCACUCGCUAGCUCUGCACGAGGGGAAGAUCUACAUGUAUGGAGGAAAGAUUGAUUCUACUGGAAACGUGUCCAGCCAGCUAUGGGUUUUCCACAUCCAGAACCAAACGUGGGUCCUUCUCAGCCCCCGGUCCAAGGAGCAGUAUGCAGUGGUGGGACAUUCGGCCCACAUUGUGCCUCCCGCCCAAGCGUGGGACAGUCCUGUCAUGCUGGUCCUAUUUGGACACUGUCCUCUUUACGGAUACAACAGCCAUGUGCAGGAAUACAACAUCGUGAAAAACACGUGGAGCAUUGUGAGUACAGACGGAGCGCUGGUCCAGGGCGGCUACGGCCACAGCAGUGUGUUUGACCCGAACACCAGAGCCAUCUACAUCCACGGGGGCUACAAGGCCUUCAGCGCCAACAAGUACGGCCUGGCAGGAGACCUGUACAAGUUUGACGUGGACAAAAGGAAAUGGACGAUCCUGAGAGACAGCGGCUUCUUCCGUUACCUUCACACGGCCGUCAUAGUGGGCGGCACCAUGCUGGUGUUUGGAGGAAACACGCACAACGACACGUCUAUGAGCCACGGUGCCAAGUGCUUCUCCUCGGAUUUCCUGGCCUACAGCUUGGCGUGCGAUGAGUGGACAGUGCUGCCCCGACCGGACCUCCACCAUGAUGUCAACCGUUUCGGACACUCUGCGGUCUUCAGCGACAGCAUGAUGUACGUGUUCGGCGGGUUCAACAGCCUGCUGCUGAGCGACGUCCUGAUGUACACCUCGCCCAGCUGCUCGGCCUUCUCCAGCCAGGCGUCCUGCAGCCAGGCCUGGCCCGGGAUCCACUGCCUGUGGAACAGCAGCCAGGAGGCGUGCCUGCCGUGGGAGAGCAACACCUCCAGCCCCGACCCGCAGCAGCCGCCGGCCUCCUGCAACACGAGAUCAUAUGCUGAAAACGAGCGGUGUGAGCAGUAUAGCGACUGCUACAGCUGCACGGCCAACACCAACGGCUGCCAGUGGUGUUCGGGCCAUUGUGUGUCCCUGGGAAGUAACUGUACUGCUGCCACGGGAGCCAUUCCAGAGUACGACGUUUGUCCUAAAGACAACCCUUCAUUUGUGUGCAAUAAGAAAACCAGCUGCAAGAGCUGCUCUGUGGACCAAAACUGCCAGUGGGAUAAUCGCAACCAAGAGUGUAUCUCUCUGCCAGAGAACGUGUGCGGCGAAACCUGGCACCUCGUGGGCAACUCCUGUCUGAAGUUCAACACAACCAGCGAGUCGUACGAUUACGCCAAGCUGGCCUGCAGGAACCACAACGCCGUCCUGGCCUCCCUCACCACACAGAAGAAGGUGGACUUUGUCCUGAAGGAGCUGCAGAUCAUGAAUGUCUUGUACAAGACCACAAUGACUCCCUGGGUGGGACUGAGGAAGAUCAACGUGUCCUACUGGUGCUGGGAGGACAUGUCGCCCUUCACCAACACCACGCUGCAGUGGCUGCCUGGCGAGCCGAGCGACGCUGGAUUUUGUGGCUACCUGGCUGAGUCGGCCUCCAGUGGACUGAAAGCCCAGUCCUGCAUCAACCCAGUGAAUGGCAGCUUGUGCGAGCGACCCGCAAACCAUAGUGCCAAGCAGUGCAAGACCCCCUGUGCCAUGCGGACCACCUGCAGCGAGUGCACCAGCGGCACCUCGGAGUGCAUGUGGUGCAGCAACAUGAAGCAGUGCGUCGACUCCAACGCCUACGUGGCCUCCUUCCCGUUUGGCCAGUGCAUGGAGUGGUACACCAUGAGCAACUGUCCACCUGAAAACUGUUCCGGCUACAGAACAUGUGGUCAGUGUUUGGACCAGCCGGGCUGCGGCUGGUGCACAGACCCCAGCAACACAGGAAAAGGCCAGUGCAUCGAGGGUUCCUAUCGAGGGCCCUUCCAGACUGUGGUACCGGCGCCGUCCACCCUGCCCGGUCUGCCCGCCAGUCCCCAGCCUUCUCUGAACUCCAGCAUGUGCCCAAGUGAAGCCAAAUAUAACUGGUCCUUUAUUCACUGCCCAGCCUGUCAGUGUAAUGGUCACAGUCAGUGUGUCAACGAGAGCGUGUGCGAGAAGUGCGAGGACCUGACAAGCGGCCGACACUGCGAGAGCUGCAUCUCCGGCUUCUACGGAGAUCCGACCAACGGGGGCAGCUGCCAGCCCUGUAAGUGUAAUGGCCACGCCAGCAUGUGCAACCCCAACAAUGGCAAGUGCUUCUGCACCACCAAAGGCAUCAAAGGAGACAGAUGCCACAUGUGUGAAGUGGAAAGCCGUUACCAAGGCAACCCGCUCAAGGGGACAUGCUACUACACGCUCCUCAUCGACUACCAGUUCACCUUCAGCCUGUCGCAGGAGGACGACCGCUACUACACCGCCAUCAACUUCGUGGCCACGCCCGAGGAGCCAAACCGCGAUCUAGACAUGUUCAUUAACGCCUCCAAGAACUUCAAUCUGAACAUUACCUGGGCCACAAGCUUCACUGCAGGCACCCAGGCUGGAGAGGAGAUUCCCAUCGUCUCACGGAGCAACAUCAAAGAGUUCAAAGACAGCUUCUCCAACGAGAACUUUGAUUUCCGCAACAGCCCAAACAUAACGUUCUUCGUCUACGUCAGCAACUUCACGUGGCCCAUUAAGAUCCAAAUUGCUUUUUCCCAGCACAGCAACUUUAUGGACCUGGUGCAGUUCUUUGUCACAUUCUUCAGCUGCUUCCUGUCCCUGCUGCUGGUGGCCGCCGUGGUGUGGAAAAUCAAACAGAGCUGCUGGGCGUCACGGCGACGAGAGCAACUGCUGAGGGAGAUGCAGCAGAUGGCCAGUCGGCCUUUUGCCACCAUCAACGUGGCUUUGGAGGCAGACGAAGAGCCACCUGACCUUAUAGGAGGAAACGUCAAGUCCGUUCCAAAACCCAUUGCCCUUGAGCCUUGCUUUGGCAACAAAGCCGCCGUGCUCUCCAUCUUUGUACGGUUACCCAGGGGCUCCGGCAGCAUCCCUCCUCCAGGACAGUCUGGUCUGGCGGUGGCCAGCGCACUGGUCGACGUCUCCCAGCAGAUGUGCGUCGGCUACAAGGAGAAGUCCGGCGGUCUGAGGAGCCGUAAGCAGCAGCCUUCUGCACAGCCAUCCACCUGCAUCUGAGCGCAGCCGCUGGUUGCUUCUGCCAUCCCUACACCCAACGCUCGUCACCGUCCCCUCCCCCUCCUCCUUUGCUCUGCCCCCUCUUUUGUAGACUUCUGCCCCCCUCCGCUCUGGCAAGGAGAGGUGCAUGCUGGGACGUAGUACUGGAACAUUUUUGAUGAGAUCAGAGCGAAGCCUCAGCAAGACCCCCCCACUCCUUGUACCAGAACUUUUGGUUCCCUUGAACUGACGGGAGGGGAUGUGGGGGUCGAGAGAGGACCAGAGGAGCCGCCGACUCCUCCCUUCCUCCGCGAGACACGUUUUACAUCUGCUGACACCACCUCGACGGAGACGAGGCGGCUGCGCCUUGCUGCUAGAAGAGAUCCCGAGUCUCGUAGUUCUCAAAACAUCCAGAGACUUUGCACCCUUAAAAGUCUAUGUUUAAUUUAAAUUAUUCUUGUUCUUUGUGUUCUUUUUUUGUAUUUCAUUGUGAGAGGAGGAACAAACUGGAAAAGCUGCGAACUGCAGACACUCCGAAAACGCAGCUUUCCAGCCACAUUGCACCCAUUUGUAAGCCCAUGGUUGCCCGCUGUCCUGUUUACAGCUCGGCACUGAGGGCAGCUCACCAGGACUCGUGUACAGCUUGGCGUCCGGGCAACAUGGCAGCGUGUUUGGCCUUCAGGUAAUGAGGAUCCACCGUCGGAUGUUUCCUGCGCAGCCAAAGCCGGACCCCAGAGUCUGACGUUUCUCAUCGGCCUCUGCCUGGAGCCGUCUUCCUGGAGCCGUUUGCAUUUCUCUAAGCAGCCACGUUACUGCGGCUGGGGGGACAGAACAAGCCACCAGCUCCAUCUAUCCAUGCCGAUCUGCUUUAUUUCAACUUAGUAGAAGCUAGUUGCCAGUUACUCUUCCAGUCAGGCGUUGUAUUCACAGGUUUUACACGUAGGAAAAUGGAACUGGUGGUGAGUAGGCUCGUAUAUUUGUUUAUUGGCAGUCGUCGCUAUAAACCCAUGUGAAACAGGCUUCUAAUGGAGUAAUCUGGCUCUUACUAACUGAUGCGAUUAGGCCGAGAAACGGAGUCAAGCCAAAUAAUUACGUCCUUUGAUUGUUGCCUAUGAAACCCCUACCUUCUAACUCGUGAUCUUGGAUCCUAAGUCAGUUGCUUUGAAUUAGGAUUUCUUAGCUGCACAAUUAGCCGGCCAGCAAUGUAUGUUUUCCUGUUGAUGGAUGUAAUGCCAGCAUUUAAUGGGUACCAGACAGAUUAGGCAUAAGAGCAUUUUCGUGAGUCACUGGUAGUCAUCUUUUUUUUUUCCUUUUUCAACUGAUCCUUCUCUUUUAUUGUAGAUCUGCCGUGAAUGACUCAUUUUACCGCAGGACAAAACUGAAAAGGAACUAGCUGAAUCAAAAAAAAUCGUUGUAGCAAACAGCCGCAUAAUUAUCGGUCUGUGAGGGCAUCGUCUGCUCGUUUCAUUAGACCUGCACCGAUCAGAGGUUUCUGGCCGAUUUCCAAUCUCCGGUUUUCCUAAGGUUUCGAUCUGCAGAUUUUAGCCAAGUCUGAAGCGUUCAAAUUAUACCUUACAGGGCUGUGAUCAGUAAAUAUUUCUGUCAGGGCUCGAGGCGGAGGGGUACCACAUGUGAGCAGGGGCUGCAAAGUGAGUUCAGAGUUCACAUUUUUAACAUCCUGUGGUAGCAGGAUUGGUUCGGUAAGCUUUCCUAGCUGCCAUCCUGGUGUAUUACCCAGAGAACGUCGACCCUUACAUUAACACUCAAAAACAUAAAACUGUGACUGUGCUCUCUUCUGUCUUCCUGAUAUCUGCUGAAUUUGGUUCCCAGGACAGUUUGCUCAUGUGCCAGCUCUACAAAACGUACACAGUGAAUAUUAGUUUUAAUUUGUCAUGUUACAGAAAUGCUGUAAAAAGGACACGAAGCUGCAGAAUUUCAAAGGAGGGAAUGAUGCCGUCAUUCACUGAAGUUUAGCUCCCUGUUGUAGGAGCCUGUGUGAACAGACUUCCUACAUCUCUGUGCUUCCUCGGACUUCAUUUUCAAACUUCUCACCUGUGCUUAAAACAGCUGACUUUGAGCCUCCUUCCCACUGUAACAGCUUCCACGCCGAAGAGUCGUCGUAUUGCUGCCAAGUAGCGCUUUGGUGCGUUGCAUUCACGGAUCUGAAGAUCCGAUCUUUGUCUUUUUGACCAGCCAGUCGCAUGUCAGGACCACUCAAGCCGCAAAUCGGCCGAUUCUCAUCCCAGGCCGGCUUCUUGGUGCGUCUCCAGUUUUCAUCUUCUUGGUUUCAGCUCCGUCAACAGCAACGCUAUUAGAUUCCUCCUAGUUGGUCAUCUUUAUGUAUUGUUUCUUGCCACAACACCUGCAGGGUUUUUUACUGAAGACAGAGACAUAAUUCAAUAUAAGAAAUCUCUCCACCUGCCUCACAAGGUUAUUAACUUGCCGCCCUCUGAAAAGUGCUGUUAUAGAACAGUUUAAUAACCUGCAUUGUGCCCUAAAGAGCUUGUUGUGUUUAGUUGCAAGCUCUCCCGUGUGCUCGCUGCAGUAGAACUGCGCGGCAUCUGGUUAAAGGGCACAGUUUUAGCACCGGGAAAAAGGUCAGAGCAGAAAGCAUGAACAGAGUUGACAUUCUGUAAUUAUAAAGUGCCAACAGCUCCACUCAGCAACUCCAGCACUCAUCGCAGCAUUAAGAAGUCAACACAACUCAGGGUUCUGCUGGGAUUUAUUUUUCCCCCCACUCAUUAUAUUUUUUUGUUGAAACAAGCGUUUUAAGCAUUUAUUGAUAAAUUAGGAAUUACUGUUUAAAUCUGCUACAAUCUGAUUUUCAAACACAACCCAAAGGCUUCUUUUAAAAAAAAAAAAAAGCUGUCACUAGUUAUAUAAUGCAUUUUACUGUUGGACCUCUUCCUUCCAUCUGCAAGCAGAAAAAGGCUUUCUCCAUAUCCCGACAUCUGCCGGUGUGCCGUUCUUUGACUUCAUUUUCCCCACUACAAGUUUUUAUUCUUUACCAACUGAGCUCCUGCAGGGCUGUACAGUAAUAGUUUGCAAAGUAGUUCAGAAAUGUCUUCACUUUCUAGCUUUUUACAUCAAAUUACCACAGCUGAUUUGCAAAUCAAUGAUGUUUUAUUUAUAAAACCGAGCUGGGGAAAAAAGAUUCAACAACGUGGAGCAGAUGGAAACAGAAUGAAGAUAAGAAAACACAACCUGCACAGUCCUGUUACCAUAAAAAUGCCCGAGGUGCUGCUGACACGAAGAUGCCUGAGCGAUGUAUGCACUCGACAUGGGCUCUACCGUUUGUAGCUUUAGCAGCAGCAUUUCAUGCGUUACGGUUGCUGGGCACUAACUCCUUAGUAACCACCUUUAAAUUACAAACCACGCGUGUUUUUCACAAUCAGCGGCAAUUUUAUUUUGCGGCCGAGCUCCAUAAAAUCUGAUGUGAAACAGCCACUGAAGAGUGUAAUUUUUUUUAAAAUCCUAAGCGAUUUCAAAUGAAAAAAAAAAAAAAGUUGUGUAUAGUAUAGUAUAACUGCGACCACCAGUGCCGAUUAUCGUAGGAGCUGAUUUAUCAUGUCAGAGUUGAGGGAGAGGCCGAUAGUGAGCGGUCAGUACCACUGAUUGGUUUUUGGGUUGAUGUUUGUAGGGCUUGCAUCCACAGUUUCAAAUAGUUCUUCGUCAAGCUAGGUUUUGGGUCAUUAGCAACAAGUGCUGUGCAAAAUUAUUGACAUUAUCUGAAAAGACAAAAAAAGAUGGUAAUUACAAGUGAUGCACUGCUCAAAGUGUUGUCUUCAAUUUCCUGUCUCUAGUUUUUCCAAUGCGUUGACCUGCUUUUCACCCAUUCUUAGCAAUUCCAGUUUCUUUUUAAGAACAUUAUAAGACGAUUUAAGAUCAGCAGGCACAGUUUUUUUUUUCCGCUUUCUGCCCUGAGCAGCUGUUGGUUAUUUAUAUCCGGCAAGGAGGCGAGGUCAAACUGAAAGAUCAACUCGUCUGAAUAAACUCACGUCUUGCACGUCUUUAGCAGAGCAUGUUAGCGUGCCUAGACUCGCUAAAGCCGCCGUGUCCAUGUGAAGUCCCUACAACGUGCAGAUCUUGGCCUUUCAAGUUUCUAAAAGGCUUCCAGUGUCUCCAAAUCCACCUGUUGCAUACCAGACCCUUCAGGUUAAAGGCUCAACACGAUAAAACUGCAUAGCUUUGCUUGUCUCCGCUCCACCUUCCCGUUAUCUUGCUCUCUCGCCCUGAAUGAAUCACAGACUUAUCUGGACAUAAGGUCUUUAAGAGAAAACUUUAUAUUUCUGAUCUUGCUCUGAAUUCAUUAUAAACACAUCACUAGUACUGAAAACAGCUUUGAGUUGGCUAAACUCAGUAGCCAUGUCCACACUGCCCAGUUUUGUCAAAGGAAGCUGGUAUUGUUUUUUUUUUUUUUUUUUUUUUAUCUUUAUGAUCAGAAAACUGGAUUUCUGAACUUUCAACCAGCCACUCUCUAUUUAAGCCUGAUCCAACUGAAAAUCGGCCCAUUUUGGUCAACAGUCAAUUUCUCGGUUCAUCUUUAGUGUUUAAUUGUUCAGUUGAGCAAAUACCAACACAACCUGAUCGUCUCUUUGUGUGGCUGCUCUGCUGGUGGAAACCUUUAUUCAACUGAUCAUUGAAUUGCAUUUAUUCUGGACCAGCUGUUGGAAAUGGCAUGCAUUUGUCAAGUUGGCAACGUUUUUUUUUUUGUUUGUUUUUAGCUGGGUUGCUCUUAAAAUAAAAGGAAAAUAAAAUGCACGCUGCUUUGUGUACAAAACUGUGGACCCAGCCCGUCACAUUUUGCCGAUGGAUUUGUUUUAAAUAUUGCAUGAAGGAAUGGCCCCGUAAGUGCAGGGAGAGACUUUUUGCAGCUGCUAAAAUAAAGCUUCACCAAACAAGUUCUUACCUUGCCACGAUGUGCUGGCCGACGAGGGUUAUGAAUGUCUUUUUUGUUUUUAGUUUGAAUUAUUAGCACAGAAAGAUCUGUUCGAGCUUCUUUUUUUAUGUUUCCCUGCCAGCCUGGACACCAUAGGUCUGACAAAUCAAAUACUAAGAGCACAAAACCACCUCUGGUCUCUGUAAGGUUUAGUCUUUUGACCUUCUCCCCCCCUCGGGCAUAACGCAUUGAAGCUCAACCCUGGUGGAAAACAUGAAUUCCACCGUCCGUACAGUCCCCGUGUCGCAUUAUAGGAUUCCCCGCUCCUAAAGUUCAGAUUUUCCACACGAUUACCUCCCGCCACCAUUUGGAGCCACCCGAGUGUGAAGUGGCCCCGAGCUGCUCUAAAUAUCGGAGAGAGGGGGGGAGAGCAUGUGAGCUCGCAAAGGGGAAAUGUCUAGGAACCUUGCGCGCCGUCACCUCGGUGCUCGCUUGAAGAAAUGAGCAGCUUCCUCCAAUCGAUCUCACUUACCGAGCCUAAAACUCUGCCAGGUAACACUCUCACUCUGUAUUGGCCUUACUCCCGCGCUCUGAUCUCGCUGUUAUCUUCUCCAAUUGUACAGAAAACGCAUAUUUAUGAAUUGUGAUGGAAAUGUGUCUUAUUUCAAAAGUACAAGUAGUUUUAUUUUUGUCAAACACUGGCAGCAUUAAUGCAUAUUUAAAAUGCUUGGAUUGACAAGUUAAAGCAUCCGAAUAGGAUCAUUGUAAAAUCAGGCAUUACCCUCUUUCUCUCUGUCUCUUUGUAUAGCGGCAUUAUAUAUAGUGAGGAAGUAGUUUGUUAAUAUGUAUAAUUUAGCAGUUGCUGGGUUUUUUUUGUAAAUAAUGAAGUAUUGUGAAUGACUUUUGAAUGGUUUUAAAUUCUUUUAUGGCAAUUCUCUUCAGGCUUUUAAAAUGUGAUCACAGCACAUAGCAUAUUUUGUAUGUCAGACAGCAGUGUAAGACAAGCGAGCAUUACUAAAAGCUGACGAACUACAUGUAAAACUUGAGAAUGGCUUACUGACCUUGUAAUUACUGAUGUACAUAAAAGAAUGACAGAACAUUUUGUCUAUUAUUAAAUGUGAAAAUUUCA